AUGAGGCGGGAAGAGGAGGAAGCGGAGGAAACCAGGAUGAAGGCAAAAGGAGACCUCGAGAUGAAGGAGGAAGAGGCAGUCAGUGAGAAGGGAGAAUCAGUUGGCCCUUUUGCGAGCGCCAUGCCCACUUCUAUGCCGCACAACAAGGGGUCCCGGUUUUCCGAGGUUUGGGAGUAUUUCCACCUGGCCCCUGUUCGUGCUGGCCACCACCCCAACCAAUAUGCCACCUGCCGCCUGUGUGGCAGGCAGGUGAGCCGUGGCCCGGGGGUUAACGUGGGCACCACAGCCUUGUGGAAACAUCUGAAGAGCAUGCAUAGAGAGGAGCUGGAGAAGACUGGCCAUGGUCAGGUGGGGCAGCACAAGGACUCCAGGCCCCAGGGGCCCCAGCUCCCCAUGGGUAUCGAGGGCGACUGGGCCCGGCUCCUGGAGCAGCUGGGGACCCUGGCUCUAUGGGCCAGCCAAAGGGAAAAGGAGGUGCUUAGGAGGGAGAGGGCAGUGGAAUGGCGUGAGAGAGCAGUGGAAAGGAGAGAGCGAGCCCUGGAGGAGGUAGAAAGGGCCAUCCUGGAGAUGAAGUGGAAGGGAAGGGCUGAGAAGGAAGCCUGUCGGAGGGAGCAAGAGCAACCUGCAGCGGCUCAUCCUUUCCAUUUUGUUUAA